AUGACUGAGCACCUGGUCAUACAUGACAGCCAUGAAACGCACAUACACGCAACAUUGAAGUCAUUACUUGCCCGCGCUUGCGUCAUGAGAAAUGGAACGUCGCGUAACGUCCGCAUGUUUCAGUCAUCGUUACACUUCGUAGGCAGUAUGAGCUAUCGAUCUUCACUUCCAGAAAGGAUACAUAACAUACGUUAUGAGCAAGACAUAUAUUACGCUAUACAGUUAAGUCGGUGGAUCCUGCAAUCAAUCGGUAUUUGGCACAUAAUUUACGGUCGCUCUUCACAAAGCGAGAAGCUCCUUUCUUUAAUGCUGAUCUUCAUGAGUUUCUUCGGUCUAUGCUUUGUGCUUGUGCCUGCCGGUUCGUACUUUCUAUUCUACGACGAGGACAUUCAAAGUAAAAUCCAGUUUCUUGGACCAGUUAGCUUCUGUCUAACUUCCGUGAUCAAAUAUUGCUUCCUCGGAACGCGUAUCUCAACGAUCGGAAAGUGUAUCGAACACGUCGAGAGCGAUUGGCGGAUAAUGCAAUAUCAGAAUCAUCGCAGAAUGAUGCUGAGGAACGUGCUGAUAGGCCGCAGAAUAACGAUGCUGUGCGUGAUUUUUCUUUACGGUGGCGGCUUGUUUUAUCAUACGAUCUUGCCAUUUACUUCCAGAACAAAGACAGACGGUAACUUCACAAGUAAAUCGCUGCUUUAUCCGGGAUAUGAUCUCUAUUUCGAUUCUCAAACAAGUCCCGCUUACGAAAUCAUCUUUUGUAUGCACUGCCUGUCCGCUGUGAUACAGUAUAGCGCUACGGCAGCAGUGUGCAGUCUGGCCGCGAACUUUGCGACGCACGCACGCGGACAGGUGCAGAUAUUGGUGAUGCUUUUGGAUGAUCUAAUUAAUGGGAAGAGGACUGAAGGUACCAAUAUGGAGAAACGUCUGAGCUUCUUAACGAAGCAUCAUGUGCGUGUGCUGAGAUUUACGACUGACGUGGAGAAAAUAUUACGUGAAGUAUGCUUAGUGGAACUGGUGACCGCAACCUUGAUGAUAUGCUUGCUCGAGUAUCUUUUCUUAAUGGAAUGGGAGAACAGCAAUACCGUGGGCAUCAUGUCAUAUAUUUUGUUAUUUAUAGCCUUAACAUUCAACGUAUUAAUAUUUUGUUAUAUCGGCGAAUUUCUCAUAGAAGAGUUUGGCAAAAUCGGCUUAGCAGCGUAUGAAGUUAAUUGGUAUGAUUUAUCUGGCCAUAAAGCUAUGGAUCUUAUUAUGAUUAUGAUGAAGUCUUAUUAUCCACCCAAACUUACAGCUGGCAAAUUCUGUGAUUUAUCUCUCAAUACUUUCAGCACCGUACUUAAAACAUCCGUAGUAUAUUUAAAUUUACUUCGAACAGUUACUCAUUAUUUCUGCGCGCUUGCGUCGCGAGAAACGGAACGUUGCGUAACGUCCGCGUUUCAGUCAUCGUUGUGCUCCGCGAGCGACAGCAUGCGCGAUCGAUUCCAACUUACAGGAAGAACGCUCAAAAUGUACAAUGUACACCAUAAGCAUGAUAUACGUUACACAAUGCAGCUGUGCCGCUGGGUGCUAAAACCAAUCGGUAUAUGGCACCCGAUCUAUGGUCAUCCGUCGCAGAAUGAGAAGUUCAUCUCGAUAAUAUUAAUCGUCAUAUGCUUCUCCGCUCUAUGUUUCGUCCUGAUACCUGCCGGAUUUUAUACUUUAUUUCGCGAGAAGGACAUCAGCAUUAAAGUCAAGCUUUUCGGUCCGGUCGGCUUCUGCCUGACUAACACAAUCAAAUACUGUUACUUUGGUGCGCGCGCUGCCGCGUUCGGAAGAUGUAUUCGACAUGUCGAGGACGAUUGGCGGAUCGUGCAGCAUCAAACUCGCGAGAUAAUGCUGAAGAAAGUGCUGAUAGGACGCAGACUCACCACGCUGUGUGCGAUUUUCCUUUACACCGGUGGAUUGUCUUACCAUAUAAUAAUGCCGUUAUCUUCCAGACAAGAAAUUAACGAGAAUUAUACGAUUAGAAUACACACUUAUCCCGGUUACGAUAUGUUUUUCGAUCCCAGAGUCAGCCCUGCUUAUGAGAUCGUGUUCUGCAUUCAUAUCCUAUUCGCGAUGAUCACGUAUCACAUCACAACGGCAUCCUGUAGUUUGGCAGCGAUUUUUGUGACGCACGCAUGCGGACAAAUAGAUAUACUAAUGUUGUUGUUGGACGAUUUGGUCGAAGGAAAAUGGAGCAAGAACACCACCGUGAAAAAACGUUUGAGCGCGAUAGCGAAACAUCAUGUACGAAUACUGAGAUUUUCAGCCAGCGUGGAGGAAGUGCUACGCGAAAUAUGUUUACUGGAACUGCUGACUUCUACUUUGACUAUAUGUUUACUCGAAUAUUAUUGCCUAACGUAUAGCAAAAUUGGUGCCGCUACCUAUGAAAUCGACUGGUAUAAUUUAUCUGGAAAUAAAGCUCUGGAACUCGUGCUAAUCAUCGCAAUGUCUCAUUAUCCGCCUAAACUUACAGCUGGCAAAUUUAUCGAUUUAUCUAUAAAUACAUUUGGUGCUCUCAGAAGUUUCCAUUUCAUGCCAAAAGAUCAUUCCUAA